GACCGGCUCGCGCACAGUCUCCGUCGAGCAGUGCAAUAGACUAGAUCGUCGCGCCGCGGAAGCAGGUCGAAAGUUUAGGCACAACGUUUUCCGAGAAUAAGUUGGAUUUGGAGUUUCUGAAAAAGUGAAGAUUAUUUUUGUGAAGAAUAUUGAAAUAAUAAGAAUUUGUGCUAUUUUUAGAACAAGAAACACGUGAACUUGUGCGUGAACAAAAAGUGUAUUAAAAUCUAAGCAAAAUGUUGCUGAAAAAGCUGCCCUUAUCAGCUCCCCCCUCUUUGGGCGCGGUCCGGCGCUGCCUCUCGGCCCAGCCCAGCACCAGCCUGAAGGAAUCUCCCGAGCUGCCCAAAACGGGCCACGAACCGCAGGUGUACACCACCCACAGCUACGACAAGAUCACCAACCUGCGCAAGCAGUACCUGACGCCCAACGUGACGUCGUACUACAAGAAGCCACUGCUGAUCCACAAGGGCAGCAUGCAGUGGCUGUUCGACCACGAGGGUCGCCGCUACCUGGACAUGUUUGGCGGGAUCGUUACGGUGUCGGUGGGGCAUUGUCAUCCCAAAGUCAACGCGGCUCUGGAGGAGCAGAUGAACACGCUUUGGCACACCACCAACAUCUACAUGCACCCCAAGAUCCACGAGUACGCGGAAAAGCUGCUGUCGAAGAUGCCGGGCGAUUUGAAGAACGUGUACUUUGUCAACUCCGGCUCGGAGGCGAAUGAUCUCGCGAUGAUGAUCGCCCGGUUGUACUCUGGGAAUCAGGAGAUCAUCAGCUUCCGGAACGCGUACCACGGAGCUUCGCCGUACACGAUGGGACUGACGGCGCACUCAACGUGGCGUUACCCGCUGCCGGGAGUAAGCAACGGGAUGAUCCACGCCAUGAACCCCGACCCGUACAGUGGGAUCUGGGGAGGAAAGAACUGUCGAGAUUCGCCGGUGCAAACUAAUAGGCACUGUGACUGUCCGGCGGACCAGUGUCUUGCCUCGGGCAAAUAUUACAACGAGUUGGAGCAGGUCUUCAAGUACUCGCUGCCUCGCGGGAAGGUCGCGGCCAUGUUUGCUGAGUCGAUUCAGGGAGUGGGCGGAACUGUGCAGUAUCCGAAGGGGUACAUCAAGCGGGCUGCCGAGUUGGUUCGUGCCAAUGGGGGGUUGUUCGUGGCGGACGAGGUUCAGUCCGGGUUUGCGCGGACCGGGGAGCACUACUGGGGCUUCGAGGGACACGAUAUCGUGCCGGAUAUUGUGACGAUGGCGAAGGGAAUCGGCAAUGGGUUCCCGAUUGGAGCGGUGGUGACUUCAAGGAAGGUCGCCGAAGUGCUGUCCCAGGCGUUGCAUUUCAACACGUACGGAGGUAAUCCGUUGGCGAGUGCGGUGGGAAUCGCUGUGCUGGAUGUGAUCGACGAGGAAGGACUCCAGAAGAAUGCCCUUGACGUUGGUACCUAUUUGCUUAAAGGACUGGACAAGCUGCGCGAUAAGUACGAUGUCAUUGGAGAUGUACGAGGAAAGGGCCUCAUGAUCGGCGUGGAACUGGUGUCGGAUCGCGAAACUCGUCAGCAUCUGAGCGCUCCCCACUUUGUCGAGAUCUGGGAGAUGUGCAAGGACAUGGGCGUUCUGUUUGGACGAGGCGGCCUCAACGCUAACGUACUUAGAAUUAAACCACCGAUGUGUCUAACCAAAGAAGAUGUGGACUUUGCACUGCAAGUGCUAGAUGUGGCUCUGGAACGUCACUCCGAGAGUUCCCAGAAACUAAUCUGAGAUUAACCCACACUUGUCCCAAAAAGAAUCCCCACAAGAUAACUGAACAUGAAUUGGAAUUUAGACACACGCGCAAAAAUGACCAAUAAAAAAAACUAAUAACCAGUUUUGGCACUGUAGAUAUCGAAAUUCGGGGUUUUAGUUUCCAAAAUUACAAAGAAACACAACGGAUCUCCCUAACCAGCAAUUCCCCCUUUCCAAGUUCAGAGCACGUGUUAACCAGACAAAAA